AUGGAUCUACAUAUACGACUCGAUCAAGAGAGGGGAGCAUAUACAGAAAAAGACACUGUCUCUGGCCAUAUCUUCCUUCGUAACAGGUCACCGGUCAAUAUCUCAACCAUCACAGUCAAGUUGUCUGGGAUAGCAACGUCCCGACUAAGUUCUGGGAAAUAUAUCGAGUCCCAUCAGUUAUUCCAAAGGUUUCAAAAUGUUUUUCCACCUCAUAAGAUGCCGGAUAUGCUCGUUUCUAAAACCCUAACUGUCGGCUCUGGGACGCACAUCUUUCCUUUCUCCCUCACGGUAGGUUUCACGACUUCAAACAACAUGCCAAUAUCGGGUUCUUUUACUCAUACACGUUUCGCAACCCACCAUCUUCUACGAAGGCUUCCACCCUCGACUGGAGACACUCUAUCGGCUUGGGAGGUCAGGUACUUUCUGGACGUGGCCGUAACAAAGACUGGUCUCUUAAAGGGAACUCGCAAUAUCCUUUUCUAUCCCGUGCAUGACUUUAACCUUCCAAAAACUAUCCUUGGAAGGAGGUGUCUUCUCUCCAUCAACCAUGAUUCUGUUAUCUCGGGCAGCCCGCUAGCAUAUCAGGUUGACGUCGAACUUCUGAACGGACAGUGCUUACUUCUGGGCUAUCCCAUCCCAUUGAAGAUUAAGCUUACAAAGAUCGGGGACAGAGACUGCUUUGUAUGGUUGAAUGACUUCCAGACCAUGCUUGUGGGAUCAACGGAGACACAUGCAUCUGGGCUUGUCGAGAAGGACACACAGUUCCAGGUCAUACAAACCAUGUCAAACAUCCAUCAUGUUGUCUGCCAUGAUGGGGCUUCAAAUGGGACUGAAUUAUCCAUUGGGGAUAGUCUCUGGAACAAGCAUCGACUACCAAUCGCGCUCACGCCAUCGUUUGAAACUUGCAAUAUCAGCCAAUCAUAUAAACUCGAAGUUAGACUCGGUCUACAAAGCGGUUACUCUAAGUUCAGGACGACGAUAUUGGAGUUUAGUUUCCCCGUUUAUCUCACGCCUCCACCGAUGGAUCCCGACCCGUAUGAGGCGAAAUGUGCUAAGCUGUUCUAG